AUGAAUGAAACGACCGGAUCAUCGGAACCACCAAUCGUUCGUCAUAUAAAAUUCUAUUUAUUUAUUUCAAUUGAAUUGCCAUCAGUAUCGAUAUCAAUUUAUAUUUUCUAUAAAUUCUAUCAUUCAUAUGAAAUUCGUUCUCGUAUAAAUAAUCAUUCGAUUCUAGCCUUACUCGUUGUUUCAUUUAUUGCAUUGACCACUGAAUUGCCAAUCACACUUCAAUAUCAUAGUUCGGGUCAUGUUAAACCUGAAGAUGAACGUUUUUGUCUAUUUUGGAUUUGGUAUAAUUAUUCACUUAAAGCCAUAGAUUUAUUUCUCAUGGCAUGGACUUCUAUUGAGCGUCAUAUACUUAUAUUUCAUUCGUAUCUUGUUUUAACAUCAAUCGGAAAAUUAAAAUGGCAUUAUAUUCCAUUAGUAAUUAGUUUUGUUUAUGUACCUUUAUUUUAUUUUCUAUGUGUUACUAUUUAUCCAUGUGAAAAUAAUUUUGAUUAUUCGUCGCAUUUAUGCCGUUCGAUUUGUUUUCAUAAAAUAACAUGGUUGUCAACAUUCGAUUGGAUAACAAAUAUAUUAUUACCAUCAUUAAUUAUAGAAUUCGGAAGUAUAACUUUACUGAUUCGGAUUUUAAUUCAAUUUAAAAAAAUGAAACGAACAAUUAAGUGGCAAGCAACACGUAAAAUGACGCUGCAGUUAAUAUCAAUAUCAAGUCUUUAUUCAAUAUUUUGGAUUUCAUUUACUUUAAUAUCAGUUAUACGACUUUUUUUUAUUCCGGAAUUUCUCGAUAAAAUGACAUUGUAUUAUUUUCAUUAUUCCCCAUAUUUUGUUCAACUUUUAAUGCCAUGUAUGUGUUUAUUUUGUUUACCUGAAUUAUGGACAAGCAAAAAUCGUGUUGUACCAACACAAUAA